UUUUGCCAGACUUAGAUAAAGUGUUUCCGCCCCCAUGCACAUGUUACAGCGUGUUGCUUUUUCUCGGCGCCUCAUCGGUUCUGCGGCCAAAAGUACCUCUACAGCUACAACUUUGACUUUGCUACCUCGAUCACGACCUCAACUACGACUACCAAUUGGAAACAGAGCAAUUUCACAAGAGCAGGUUAGAAACAUGUCGGGUAUCAAGAGCGUCUUUACCGCCAAUGCGUGUCCUCCUGCUGGACCUUACUCUCAAGCCAUCAUCGCCGGCCCCAGCAUCUUCGUCUCGGGCCAGAUCCCCGCCGACACAAAGGGCAACCUGAUUGAGGGCAGCAUUGCGGACAAGACCAAGAUGUGCUGCGAGAACAUCAAGGGUAUCCUCACCGAGGCGGGCGUUUCCCUCGACAGGGUGGUCAAGGUUAACGUCUUCCUCGACGACAUGGCGCACUUUGCCGAGAUGAACGGCGUCUUUGAGCAGUACUUCCCCCACAAACCUGCACGCAGCUGUGUCGCCGUCAAGCAGCUGCCCAAGGGCGUCCCCGUCGAGAUCGAGUGCAUUGCUUACAAUGGUAUGGGCUCGAAGCUAUGAGGCGUAGAGCUGAUGUUGAUAAUGCAUAGGUUAAGCACCGAUACCCUCAGAGCAGACGGCAUGGAAGAUUGUCUGGUUGCGAAUUCCAGGGAUCAAUAUGAAUGCCAGUCUCUCAAUGCUUUCGAAAUAUAAAAAAUAUAAUAAACAAAUUUUCAACGACAGUUGUCGACUCUUGU